AUGAAGCUCUCCAGCCGGCUGAGCGACGUGCUGGCCAACUGCAGCAGCAGGAAGGUGGACAAGGAGAUCCUACAACACGUGAAAAACAUCCUAAGUGAGAAGAACAAAAAAAGGGAAGAGCAAACGAAGGAGCUGUUCGAAUUUUUGGCCAACAUCAUUUAUGAAGAUUUAGAAAGAGACAUCUUAAAAAUAAGCAUUUCUACCCUGGAGGAAAAAAAAAAAAAAAUUUUGUUCCACAAUUUGAGGAAGCUGUUUAAAAUAUUAGUACCCUUUGAAGAGGAAAAUGGCUACCUAGAAGUGUUGUCCGAUUUUCUCUUCUACUUGUUUAAGUACAUGCGUAGAGCGAACGUGAAGAAAUGCUACAAGGUGGUGAAGAAGGUUACCCGGAUGGAUAUCGCCACGACGGAUAAUGCUGAAAAUGUGAAUGGUGAAAAGGGUGAUCAGGGUGAUCAGGCUGAGCAGACGAAGAGGGGUCCGUUCCGAAUGAUGCCCUUCCUGCUCAGGAGCAACAUCCUAAUCUAUCUGGAAGUGCUAAAGAGAGAAGACAGCAAAAACUUACUUCCGGACGAACACUACUUCUACCAAAGCGUGAAGAACUCCAUGAUGAGCAAAAAGUACAUUCUCAUGUUGAGCCAAGUUGUGAAUAAUGUAGUGACAAACUUUCCCAACUUUCCCAUUUUCCUAGACACAGCGUUUAAUUUAUUCCUUUACGUAAGAAAUGGGUUGGUUCCCUUUUUUCUGAAAAAUGUAUACAAAAGGAUUACAGAUAUAUUUCAGCUGAAGGAGAAAGAAAUGAAUACAAAGUUUACUGUGAAGAAAUAUUACGGGAUCCUACUUUAUGUGUAUUUUCUCUACAAACUGAAGAUCAUUACUUGCUUGCAUUUAAACCCUAGUACCACCUGUGGGUUGCUAAAUGAUUCCGUCCAAUUGAGCACAAUCCUGGAUCUAUACUCCCACGUUUUGAGGGACUAUAGGAAUGUCCUCCACUUGUGCUUCACCAUUAUAAGUAACAAGAAAAACAACAAAACGGUCAUGAACACAUUUUGCUUAGUAGUGAUCUACUUGGUAAACCUGCUCCAUGCGAACCACAACGAUAUUAUGGAUGUCUUCCCAGAGAGCGGGAAGAAUAACUCCCCCUUGUUUAAGAAAUAUAAGGAUGUGUUUUCCAUGUAUAACAAAGUGUUCGACGCUAUGUUUAAGCUGAGUGAAGAACCUGCGUUUAGUCUAUCCAAGGUGAAGCUCGCUGUGCUUUGUAACCUCUCCUCUGGUAAAUUCAACAAUCAUUUCAUGUCGAAAAGGGAGAAACAGCGCAAGGAAAAGUGGGUUCACAGGCAGAAUCAUGCCACUAAGGAGGGGCAGACGCGGGAUGGGCAGGACGGCCAUGUGGAUAAUGCAGAUCAGAAUGAGGGAGAUUCCCAUAGGAAGAAUUUCCACCACGAAGGCAACCACUUAAUCACUGCAUGGUUAGCGAAGAAGAAGGGCCAUAUGAGCAAACAGGAACUGGUGCAGUUAACUUACAGAACCGUAACUGAGCAGGACUACUCCUGCUUCGUUGUUUUCUCCUUCCUGUAUAUGCUGACGAGGAGAUUUAUCAGAUUGUAUGACUUCUCCCCGAUUCUACACGAGAUUGUUUUUUACAAGUCCUUCCGCAUUGGCGAGAUCAUUAGGGAGGCUUCUCAUGCGAGUAACAAACAGAGUAACAAGGAUGUUGUGCCUGCACAGAAAAUCCCCACGAUGGAACUUUCCAACCUUCUCUACAACAACGCCUUUUUGAAUUUACUAAAAGAUAAACUGUGCCUUUACCUGAACAUUGACGGGAAUGUAUUGAACCUCUUCUUCAUGAAUGAGCUGUACAAGUUUGUUAGCAACAGGGAUCUGAAUUACAAAAAUCUGCACUACCUGCUGGCACACGACACAGGCACUAAGUACCAUCGGAUGAAUGUGCUGCUGCUGAUGCAGAAGAUUGUCCUGCGGAAUGUGCUGAGGUAUGCUCUCUCUCUGGGUGGUCAGGCAAACAAUGGGCAGCAGAACAACGACCAGGAGAAUAACGUAGAUGCGGUUGACCACCAAGUGGAUACUGCCCAGUUUCCCACCGGGGGAGCGAACCAACUGGCCCUCCUCUUCGACAAGCAAAACAAAAAGCUCAAAAUGCUCAACAUGAACGAGUUCGCCCUAGGUGCGAAGGAACUGAAGGCCGUUGCAGAAAAGAAGGAAGAAAACACAUUCGCCAUUUUGAAGAGCAUCGCCUUUGUGGACAUCAACAACAACGCUCAGAAGAAAAACCUGCAGUUCGACAUGAAUAUAAUUUACAUUGCCGUGAGUCAGCUAACCAGGGAAAGCUUCACCACAUUAAAAUCGCUGAUCGCGUUGCACAAUAAGAAUAAGGAUGGAACGAAAAUGUACCUGAAGAAUUUGCGCUCCCUUGAAGUUUUACUAAAAUGCACGUUCAAUUUUGUGAAUAAAUUUUUGGCCAUAAUUCACCUGACCAAGUCAGGUAAAAAAUGCAUCCUCUCUUGUAACGGUAAAAGGCAGCACAUAUUAUGCAGAGAAAAUUAUUACGAGAAAAUUAUGAAUAAGAAGAAGAAGAUAAAGACAACGGAAAGGGAAGUAUAUCUACAGUUUGAAACAACGUUUGGAAAAAAAUGUGCCAAAAGGAACAACUUCCUUGUUGUAAAAAAAAUUAUUAAAUUGUGCGUUUCGAUGAUGAAGAAGGGAAAAAAAGACAGCGCUGAGGAGGAGCAGAAACGACGACAAUGUAACGUUCAAACGGUGGAACUAGCCAAAGUUAUUAUUUUCCUUUUUAACCUCUUGAUAUUUCACAUGACGCAUACAUUGAGCAGUUCGAUGAAAAAAAAAAACAGUGACUCCAGGGUGAACAGGAAGAAGCUGCAGAAAAGGUAUCGAAAGAUUUUAUCUGACGCCAACGCUUUGGUGAAAGUGGCAAGUGCCCACGAUUUGGAAGAACCCCUUUCGGAAGACAUAAAAAAACAGAUGAUCGUUUUUUCGAAGAAUUACGUACCCCUAAGUAAACUGCUCAGCUGCAGUGCGUACAAAAAUGAGUUUUUACUUUUCGCAACGCACAGCUUCCUACCCACGAACAGAAGGAAGGGCUUGAAAUUUUCGAGGCGCAUGCACAGGCGGUUGAAGGGGGUGUCCCUGCGGGAUAUGAUCGAGGAGGUAGAGGCGGAAGAUGUUGUAGAAAAUGAUGAUGGUGACGGAAUGGACGACCAAACGGAACACCAGUCCGAAUACCAAACGGUCAGCCAAACGGACGACCCCGCCGACCAGGCAGACGACCGAACGGAGGACCCACUCGAGGGACGGGACGACCAGACAGACGACCCAGACAAAGAGCGAGACGACCAAAGUGACAUCGUUGUGACGAACAACUUCCUCCUGGACAUACUAGCGGAGGACCCGAAAAAGGAGGAGAAGAAAAAGAAACAGAAGGGUGGAGACCUGGUGGAGAAAAAAGAAAGAACAGAUAUGUUUCACGACGUCACGUAUCUGCUGAAGCAUUUGAAGGGGAACUUGAAGGAUCAGAAUGCCGAGGAUACCGUGAGGACGUUGUGCUAUGUGGCUCUAUCCCUGGAAGUUAUUUCGCGCAAGGUGAAAAUGAGUGUGCGCUUGGGGGAGCAGAUCGGCGGGGGGAGCGACGAAGGUAGUGGUGAAGACGGCUCCGAUGAGGAGGAUGAAGAAGCUGUUGAAGAAAACACGGAGGAAAACGAUGAAGAAGCAGUUGGAGAAACUGUUGAAGAAAUCCCCGAGGAAAACGAUGAGGAAGCUCCUGAGGAAGAUUCCGAGGAAGAUUCUGAAGAAGCUGCUGAAGAAACUGCUGACGAAGCAGCUGGGGAAGCCGACGCAGCCCAGCCCAGCGGGGACAGCAAGACCCCCCCUCAAUCACGCCCCGCCAUGUACGCAGCGGACCUUCGCACCCUGGACAGACAAAUCAAACACAUCAUGAUGAGCUUCAAAGUGAAGAAAGAUAUUGUAGCGCAGGACAAAAACAAAUUGAUCGAAGUGAUAAAAAACAGCGUCGUAAAAAUUGUAAAAAUAAUAAUAAAGGAAACAAAAAACACAGAACUUUUAAAAAUUAUGGUAAAAUGUUUAGAGCAUUAUAACAUUAUUGAAAGUAGAGUAACUCGUAAAAGCCACAUAGUGAUUAAUUAUUUACUCGAAUUUUUAAAAAUUAUUUUUUUCUUUCCACAAUUGAGAAACUGCUAUUCAAGAUACUUAAGCAUAUUUUUCAAAAGCGCCUUUGUGCGGUAUUUAAAUGUUAGCGAGUUUUUUAACGGAAUGUAUAAGAAGUAUUUUCCAAUUAUUAUUAAAAAAUUUGCGUCCGAUUUUGAUGUCACUUUUUACCUGAACAGUCAGGUAAAAAUAAAAACAGAAGUUGUCCAAUUGGAGGAAAGGGAAUUUAUUUCAAGACAGAUUAUGGCCCUCUUCAAAAAUUGCAAUAAAAGAAAAGUGAACAAAGUUAUGCGUGAUGAGAUCUGCAAUGAUUAUAUUUCCAACUUACUACGUCAAGGUAACACGAAUGAAAAAAGUUUUCUAAACACGUUUAGCUUAAAUGAAUUGUCCCACCUUGUUCAUCACAUUUGCCUAUACCUGAACAACAUAUUGGCCAGCAACAAUGCCUACUUAUUUAACAAAAAGGUGACACUGAAUUUGUUGGGAUUACUAAAAAGGAUAAAGGCAAUUAAGCACAUGCAAGGGGAUCAUAACUUAAUCCUUUUUAAGGACCAAUUGGUACAAACACACAUGGCAGAAGUUCGGAAGUUUCUCACUCUCCUGGAUGAACGUAUAGAUAGUCAGAAUAUACAAAUUAACAUUAACGAUUUUCACAAAAGGCUUAUGAGCAUUUUGCAGGACGGGCCGCGUCCCAGCGGGGUGAAACGGCCAAACGGGUCAGAGGCCUUACCCGGGGGGAAGCGCCUGCGAAGUGGCUAA